ACUACUUGGAUGUGACAUCACCUAUUAGUCUAUGCAGCUAGCUUAUCUGUGGCGCAGUUCACAUCCCAGUUUAAUAGCAACUUACGGCUUACCUAAGUAAUUAUCUGGAAAUAGGAAUACCGGAUGAUAUUGAGACCUAGAUAUGGCGCUUAGUUCCUCAUGUUCCUAUACUUGAUUUCCUUCGCCGUUUUAUAUAAAAGAACUGUUGCGGGAUCAUUUUAUUCAAUAAGUGAAGAAUAUAAAAGUGUGCAGUGUCUUGUUUUUUAUAUAUAUAUAUAAUAUAUUAAAAUAACAAAUAUGAAGGCUUUUGUGUUUUUGUGUAUGGUUGUAGCAGCAGCGGCGGCGGGUGGACAUAAAGCAGAGCUCUCUCAAUCUCAGAAGAAUACCAUCCGAGAGUACACAGCUGAUUGCGUCAAAGAGACGGGAGUGAAACCCGAAGUUCUAGCCAACGCAAAGAAGGGUCAAUUCGCCGAUGACGAGGCACUAAAAAAGUUCACGCUCUGCUUCUUCCAGAAGACUGGGAUACUGUCGAAAGAUGCUAAAUUAAACACCGAUGUAGCUCUCUCCAAGUUACCCGCUGGAGUAGACAGGGCUGCUGUCGGGAAGGUUCUGGAAGAAUGCAAGAAGAAGACAGGAAAGACCCACGCUGACACCGCGUUUGAAGUAUUCAAGUGUUACCAUAAAGCCACUCCCGUCCAUCUAAUCUAACAAGUUUUACUUAAACACCAUUGCAAUUGUUAAAAAUGACCCUUGUUGUUAAUAUUAAGCAAACAUUCUUACCUAUUAUUUAUUCCUUUUUUGAAAUUAUAAACUUUUUAUCACAA